AUCAAAUUAAUCAUAAAAUGUAUUCUGAAGAUCCAAUAAAGUAUGAAUCAGACUCACAAAAUCAUGUAUCUAUAUGGACAAAACAAGCUCGGAAGAGAAUACAGGAAUACGCUAGACUCUGGAGGGCUCGACAUAUCUUAGACGCUAUAUCUUUUAUUAAUGAAUUAUUUGUGGAUAGCUCAGAAAUUGAAAUAUUGAGUCUCGUUAAUGUCAUUGCAAGAAGAUUGAAAUUUUUAGGUGUCCCAGACUCUUCGGAAAACAAACAAAAUGAUAUUGGCUAUAAUGAGAACAAAUUAUUUCUAUUGAAUCAAAGACACGACGGUAUUUACCAUUGCUGUACAUUUUGUUCGAGUGGUGGAAAAAAAGAUAUUGUCUGUGCCUGUGGAGGAAAAAUUCCUGGUGGAUAUCAUGGAUGUGGACAUGGACAUGUUGGUCACCCUGGUUCUAAUCAUUGGUCUUGCUGUGGAUCACUUUUACGAGAUGGAUGUUGUUUAAUAACUCGAAGAUAUAAAUACCAGUUUUUACUGUAAUACUUACUGUAUGUCCUGUCGAUAUUUGGUUGAAGAUAUUAGCUGCGAGUACUUCUGAUAGAUAAUAUUAUUACAUUAAUUAUUAUUAUCUAUGUUUUAUAUGUAAGUGUAUAAAUACAUAUUAUUUUCAUUAUAAAUUUACAUAUAUACAUAUAUAAUUGUUAUUCAUAACAAUUUGCAAGUAC